CAGAGCACAGUGUUUCAUUGUUUUGAGCAAGCUGAUCUUUUCAGAUUUCUGUUAAAUUUCAUCUGAUUUUUAGUUAUAUGCAAAGUCCAGUGUUUGCCUUGCAGCACAGCUUAUUUAAGUUUGUUUUGUUUAGUUACAGAGCCACUCGUGGUCUCUGACAGUCGUCUUUUAACAGUGCAGCAAGAGAGGGGAUAACCACUUUUUGUGGUGCCCAGUGUGGAGAGGCACCAAGUAACUAUGGCUCACCGUCUGUUUGAAGGCAAAGAGCAUGCUGCUGCCUAUUGGAAGUACAGGAUCUCCCCAUCAGAUCACCUGAUACAACAGGUGCUUGACUUCCUGGAAAAGCAGAAGGGUCGACCUUUUGACCUGGCAGUGGAUGUGGGCUGUGGCUCAGGACAGGGCACAGUGCUGCUGGCCAAUCAUUUUGCCUCUGUGGUGGGGACGGAUGUGAGUCCUGCCCAGUUAGAAGAGGCCUUGGAGCAUGCUAAGAGGCCAAACAUAACAUAUAGACAGUGUGUGGCAGAGGAGCUGCCGUUUGAUGACAGCUCAGUGGAUUUGGUGACGGCCAUGUCUGCCUUCCACUGGUUCGACAGGCCACGCUUUCUCCAGGAGGCCCACAGGGUCCUGAAGCCCCACGGCUGCUUGGCUCUGCUCAACUACUCCAUGGACAUGGAGCUCAGCUGUAAUGACGGCUGCUCACACUCACUCAACCAAGUCUGCAAAGAGUUUUAUAUUGCCCUACAGCCUUACCGCAGUGCCCACCUGGGACGCAGCUCCAUCGAGCUCUACCGACAGACCCACGAGUCCAUCCCUUACCCUGACAAAGAGUGGCAUGAUUGUUUGUGGGUGAAAAAGUCCAUGCCUCUGUCCAGCUACAUGGGGAUGGUGGAAUCUUUCUCCAGCUAUCAGGCCCUGCUGAGAGAAGACCCACAGAAGGCCAAAAGGCUCUCUGAGGACAUCACUCAGAAGUUGUUAUCGGCGAUGAAGGUGACCUCUACAGAGACAGAGGUUGUGGUGGGAGUGAGGUAUUUUUACUUGCUAGCAUGCAAACCAGAGGAAGAUUGACUUUUACCAACACUCAAAAAAA